CUCUACUACUCUAUAAGGAUCCAACGAGAGCGUCCACAAUAUUUCACCGUGCCUCCGCCUGCCUCCGUCCCGUAACACCCCAGCCCUAAACUACGCCCGCUCUCUCCGCGCGUGAUGCUCUCCCUUCCUCAUCGCCUCUGCACCGACGCCCCCUUCAUUUUUCCUCUCACAUAAACCCGCGCUCAUUCCUUUUUCUUUCACCUAAUUCCCGUCCUUGUGUGUUUGCGUUGCUCGCUUGGGUUUGGAUCCAAUCGAGGGCUCGGCCCGGCGGAUGCUGUAGAGGAAUGGCGGAGGCUGUCGCGUCUGCGGGCAGGCUCGCCAUGGACUCCUCGACCUCCGUCUCGCCCAACCAGGCACACCAUAACAUGGCCAUCACAGAAUUCUUCUUGGAUGGUUUUCCUGAUUCAAAUAGACUACUUAAAAUUCUUGGUGAUUUUAAGGAGGUAAAAACUGGUCCUGGAUUGGAGUCUACUUGGAUGCAUGCAAUGCGGUAUCUCCUUAUACAAUUACUGCUACAAGUUCUUCUCCAUCCAGAUGAGUAUUGGGAGGCUACAUUUGAUGUGGCCAUAUGUUGCAAGAAAUCCUUUCCUGUCAUUGCUCAAGGCGAUAACUCAUGUGCACAAGAAUUCGUUGAACACGGUAUACAUGGCUUGCAUCAAGGACAUUCAAAACACUGAAAGACAUAUAUGGCUUGCAUCAAUUAAGCAUGUAUGUAUGUUUUAUUGCAAAAUGUUGUGUGAGCUGUGUGAAAUCUAAACGCGUAGAUUUUAAAAGAUCUCAAGGUAGUUGUAUCAAUUGAUGUAAUUGUUUUGAAAUUCGUAAAAGCUUCCUUCACAAAAAAACAAGGACAUGCUGACUUUCUAGAUUUCAAGGAAAGACAGAUAAAAUGGUUUUUUAUGUUGGACAAGUACAUAGGUCCAGUAUCCUACAACAAAUGAACUAAUCAUAUUUGUUGCAGUACACUAGAUUGUGUUAUGUCUAGCAAAAAAUACACUUGUUUUUAACAUCCAACAACAUAGAUCGGUUUGUAGUGCUUUCAUCACGUUUGUGUAUAUACAACACGGUCGAAAGAAGCAAGAGAUGUAUCCAACAACAAAGGAUUCAUUUAUGUUUUUAAGGUUUGAAGCUCCUCACUUGCUUCCAGAAGAUUAGUACAAGCUUAGCGGUUUUGAUCCCUAGCUGUAGUUAGUAAUCCUGACUGUAGUUGGUAAUUUGUGUUUGGAAAUUAAUCCGGGCAUGUGCUUGUAGUGUCUGUUCAUGUAAAAACACAGUUAGGUCUUAUUACUUUCCAUUCCUCGCUCUG